AUGAAUCGCCGAGGGACGGUCAGUCCUGCAGCUGCAGCCCCGAGAGAAGAGAGAAGCUGGUCCUGGCUGAAGCCCUGGUUCUUCCUUGUUUCUAUCUUUGCCAUCAAAACUGCCUUUGUAAGCAUCUGUCUUGUUGUUUUCCUUCAUGGAAGCUAUGGCCAGUACAAGACUCUGCUCCAGAAUGCUACAGAGUGGAGCUGCAUCCCAAACAUAUCUGCAGGCAAAAAGCAAAGCUGGAUGUGCUGCCCGAAGGGCUGGAAUCGCUUUCAAGAACAGUGCUAUUAUCUGUCCACUGACAGGAUGUCCUGGAUCAAGAGUGAGCAGAACUGCACCGGGAUGGGCUCCCACCUGGUGGUGAUCAACAGCAAAGCAGAGCAGGAGUUCCUCUUCAGCUUGGCAAAAGGAGUAGUUACUAAUGCCUAUGAAACAAAAUACUACAUAGGCCUAAGUGCUUAUGAAACUGGGCAAUGGCAGUGGGUUGAUCAGACUCCAUAUAAGAAGGCAGAUAC